AUGUCCCACGGAGACGUGGUUCUUGCUGGUAUUCCACGGCACCCAGAUUUCCAGUCGCAUCGGCAGUGGCAGCUUGAGCACAUAGCAGCUGCCUUUAGGCACUGGUACCGAGAAGGCUACAUUGAGGGCAUGAGUGGUCAUAUCUCCGUUCGUGAUCCAGAAUUUCCCAACGCUUUCUGGACCAACCCGUUGGGCCGACACUUCGGUCUCUUAAAGGUCAGCGAUAUGAUCCUCGUUGGUCUCGACGGGGCUGUCCUUGGAGGUAGUCGAGCACCGCCGAAUACAGCCGGCUUCCUCAUUCACGCCUCAGUGCAUAAGGCCCGGCCGAACGCCCAUGCUGUCUGCCACUCUCACAGUGUCCAUGGGAAAGCUUGGUCCGUUUUUGGCAGACGACUCGAAAUGCUGACCCAGGACGCUUGCAAGUUCCGCAGAGACGCACACAGCGUUUAUAACAGCUACGGCGGGGUUGUACUGGGUCGCGAAGAGGGCGAUCGUAUCGCAGCUGCUCUAGGGCCGAAUGGAAAAGGCUGCAUUUUGAGAAAUCAUGGCAUCCUGACAGUAGGACAGACGGUUGAUGAAGCCGCUUUUCUAUUUACAUCCAUGGAGAGGUCUUGCCAGGUCCAACUUUUAGCAGAAGCAGCAGCGGCAAAUGGCCUAGGGAAGGUUCUGAUCACGGAUGAAGAAGCCGACUUCAACUUCGAUGUAGAGAGCGAUCCGGAGAUUUGUUACUGCGAGUUCCAGGUGUACUAUGACCUGGAGGAGGAGUUAUCUAAGGGAGAUUUCAAGAAAUAA